AGUUUGAGUUGAUUACUUUUACGAAUUUUUUAGUUUUCACUAAGUAGGCACUGUGUUUAGAUGAAAAUUUUGUGGUUCUUUGUUUGCUGUCUUUGCAUAGCGCUAAACUACGUCGACUGUGGCUUAUACGAUGGCUUUAAGAUCUAUGAGCUGGCGACAACAAAUCAAACGAUUGGCGAUGGCUUGGACUUGUCAGAGCUGAGCAGAAAUGAGUCGUUCUUUGAGCAGUAUUCCAUUAGUGGUUCACCUGACCGCAUGAUGGUACAUCCCAAAGCGCAGGCGGACUUUCUACAGUUGCUUCAAAUACACAACAUGAGCUAUACGAUUGUUAACCAUAAUGUGGGCCUAAAGUUGCUCACAGAAUUCAUUACUAAUAGUCUGCUACGCCGUAUGUACCCCUACCAAGGCAGGUUGGGCACUAAGCGGUAUUACUAGCAUGAUGAGAUCAAUCAGUUUUUUAA